CAGGAAAGUUUCAACAGUAUGUGCCGUGCUACCUCGCCGGCAAUUUCAUUUCUCUUGGUUGUUAUACACUUUCCUUCUCAAUCAAAUUGCACGAGUGACGAAAAAAAAAAAAACAACAAUUCUUUCUCAGUGGUGCAAUUUAAAAAAUUUUUUGGCGGGAAAUUGACAUUUAAUUUUCAUAACCAAAAAAAAAACCCUCGCGUAAAUUUUUUCUUAACCACGUGAUUAUAUGUUUUCUCAACAAAAAAAAAAACCGGGAAAAGUUUCUAGAGAUUAAUUUUAGGGGACUGUUGUUAUUUUAAAUGAAUUAUUUUUUUUCCCGAGAAGUGAAUAAUAAGAUGUCAGAAAUACCAGGGUCAUCUCAACGAUAUUCCUGGACGACUUUGGGAUCUAUGCCAUUCAGUGUUAAUAAGAAGUGUCUCAACUUCUUUUGAGGAACUUUAGACAUUAAAUGUAAUUGCCGUGUCAUUGUAUAUACAAAGAAUCCGUUACAUAAUUCUCACUCUCUCUGUGUGUGUGUUUUUUUUUCUUUAUAUUUUCAUUUUUUAUCCAAGGUGGAAUCUUUCACAGGUCUUUGGGUGUCGAUGAGAAGAAGCGAGUGGGAUCGAGUGCCACCAAAGAGCGAAUAAAACGAGGUUGCUUGGAACGCGCCAGUCAAUUUCGAGACCAGCCAGAGGACGUCCUUGAGAUUCUUUGGGAAAUUCGAGCGACGACCCAUCGCCGAUAUCACGUUCUACCGCGUAGAAACUACGUCGCUCUCUUGGGUUGGCGAAACAGAAAGAGAGAGAGAGAAAGAGUGAGAGAGAGGGAGUGCACACGUAUCACGAAUUGACGAGAUAUCUCGUGAGUUCUCUUCAACACAUACGCAGAAAGAUUAUAUACACACACACACAUUCUCCAGAGAGCCGUCUUGUGCGAAGUGAGUCGAAAAUUCCCCAAGAAGGUUGACGUUAUAGACCCGUUGUAGUGAUAUCGAAAGCUCCGACGAAACAUGGCCACGUGACCGUCGCGUAGUUUGUAAACAGUUGGACCACGUGGUUUCCCCCCUUUGUAGUUGAACGCCAGCAUCUCUUGCAAUCUAAUAGUGCUCAGAACUGUGUUUUUUUUGUGUGUGUGUUUUUAUAGACGUAAUUUAGAAAAGUGAUUCAAGUGUUUUUUUUUUUUUUUUCAUUUUGCGAAUAAGAAAACCGACUCAGGUCGGAAGAAAAUAAACGAAAGUGGAGUACAUUGAGAGCGAAAAAAUGAUGGAUUCAAUGACGGUACCAGUCACGGGAUCAACAUCAGUUGCGGGCCAGCAAGGUGUGCCCUUUGACCUUGAAAGUGGUUUUGAACCGCAAACAAGAGCAAGAUCAAACACGUGGCCAUUGCCAAGACCAGAGGGUUAUGUUGAGGGUAAUGUACCUGGUGGUUCGGGUGGUAAAGAAGGUGUCGAAGGUGGUACACCACCACAACAGGGGCCACUUACACAAGGAGGUGGAUUACUUCCGGUUAAAAAGAAUUCCUCACGAAGAAAUGCUUGGGGUAAUUUGAGUUAUGCUGAUCUCAUCACUCAAGCAAUCACCAGUGCUCCAGAAAAAAGACUCACCCUAUCGCAAAUUUACGAGUGGAUGGUCCAGAAUGUCGCAUAUUUCAAGGACAAGGGGGACAGUAACAGCAGCGCCGGAUGGAAGAAUUCAAUAAGACACAAUCUUUCACUGCACAAUCGAUUUAUGAGAGUACAAAAUGAAGGCACUGGAAAAAGUUCCUGGUGGAUGAUUAAUCCCGAUGCAAAACCUGGAAAAUCCGCAAGAAGGAGAGCAACGUCAAUGGAGACGAGCAAGUUCGAAAAGAGACGAGGUCGAGUAAAGAAGAAGGUUGAAGCGUUGAGGAACGGAAGUUUGCAAGCGGACGCAACCCCCAGUCCAAGUAGCAGCGUCAGCGAGGGCUUGGAUCUAUUUCCAGACAGUCCCCUUCAUCCAGCGAGCGGCUUUCAACUAUCACCAGACUUCCGACCACGAGCUUCAAGCAACGCAUCCUCUUGUGGAAGAUUGAGUCCAAUACCUGCUGCAAUUAGUGAAUCAGAUUGGCCACCGAGUUAUUCGUACAGUCCAGAACAAUUAGCUGGAAGUUUAGCAGAGACGAUGAAAAUCGAAUCCUAUCAGAUGUAUCAAACGUCACCGCCACAUCAACAGCAAACAGCACCGCCACCCUCUUAUUUCGAGGCUCAAUACCAGAGAAGUAAUUCGCUUCGAACAAAUAGUACACCCUAUGGUCUACCACCCACAUCACAACCAACGAAUCAACAAAGAUGUCCAAUUCAUCGUUUACAACCCUGUGCCUGCCAAAUGAAUCUGAGUCCUGUGUCUGGUAUGUCACCUUCAUAUCAGCAGCAGAGUGAACCUAGUCCUUCGACACUUAGCUCACAGCAGCAGCAAACAAUUCAGUUUCUUCUUCAGUCACAGCAGCGUCAGCAGCAGCAGCAACAACAACAGCAACAGCAACAACAGCAGCAGCAGCAACAGCAGACGCAUGCACAAUCCGGUCCCGGUGGUCCAAGUCCACCAGAAUCACCUAAACCUAGCACAAUAAUGGGUCAAAUAAUGGGAGCAUUAAAUAAUUCGGCACUCCUCGAUGAUCUCAAUAUCAACAUUGAAACGUUACAAGGUUUCGACUGCAAUGUUGAUGAGGUGAUAAAGCACGAAUUGUCAAUGGACGGAACGUUGGACUUUAACUUUCAGCAGGGUAUGCUUGGCGCUCCUACGGGUCAAGUGGGCGAUGAUGAUGUUAUUCCAAAUGUAACGUCACCAAGUGGUAAUGUAUCUACCGUUACAAGUAAUGCCAGUUCAGCUGGGGUUUAUGCCAGUACCAAUGCAGCGACUCCUGCCGCGCCGCCUUCUUGGGUUCACUAGCAGUGGUUUCCUCUACCCUCGACGCCUCCAUCGCCCUAUGAUCGUGAUAUUUUGCACAACACGACUCAGGCUCACCUUCAUGGCGCUCGGAGGUUUGGAGAGGAUUUAGAGGAGCGGUUUGUGAUAAGAUAUAAACCCACCCAUGCCAGGACUCGACGAAAUACGUACUUCAACGGUUUACAUUAGUGCAAUUAAAGGUGCAAAAAAACAAAGCAUGUGUACAUUAAAAAUGUACUUUAGGGUUCUUAUAUAGUAGGGUGCUCAAAAAAAAAAGAAAAAAAAAAAAGCUACAGGGAAUGAUCGAAAUAAAAAAUAUAGGCAAAUUUGUGUUCCAGGUUUCGCAAUUUUAGUAAAACAAAAGGCUAUAAAUGCCUAUAUGUAUAAAUACAAGUUAAAUGGACUUCAGUUUGUUAUUUCGUUUUUUUUUUUUUUUUUUUUUUUUGCUAUAUAUUUAUUCUUACAUUUUUAUACGACUUCAUUAUAAAAUAACAUUCAGCUUUUUAUUAUAUAAAUGAUAUCGCAAUUGUAAAUACGCAAAAAAUUAUUAUUAUUAUUAAGUUUCUUCGCGAAAAUCUAUUUUGAAAAUUUUUUUCUAUUGAUAUUAAAAAAAAAAUGUAUUGAGCUUAUACAAAAAAAUAUUAAAAAGAAAAAAAAAUUAUUGGUACUAAGUUAAUGUAUUAAUUGUUAUUAAAUUGAUAUAUUAAUUAAUUCAUCCUAACAUCAAUGAGCUUUCUAAUUCGCUAUAUAUAUAUAUGAAAUUAUCGCUUAUAUCACAAAAAGUAAUGCCGAAUGUGCUAGAAACAAUCAAAGUUCUUUUUUUAUUUUAGAUAUAUAUAUAUAUACAUGUACAAUUCAAGUCAAUUUUUAAUAAGGAAAUUGGACCUACAAAUUAUAUAGGAGCAGAAGCCUUAAUUUUUAUUUUUAAAAAAGAAAAAAAAAUGCACACGUACGUAAUUGAAGUCGAUAAGACUUAUUUGCUGCAUAAAUGCUGGAUGGCAUAAAAAUAAAGAUAAGAGCAAAACAAUGGCAGCAUGUGCGCUUUUACAAAAAAAAAAUAAAAAAUACUUUUUUUUGUAUUUGCUAAUUUUUUUUUCACCCGGAAAAAAACAACGAUCUCUGUUGUCUGAAAUAAACCUCAUAGAGCAAUAAGGAGCACGUUAUACAUAUACUAUAAAUGUAAUUAAAUGAAAAAUGUUAUUAUUAUAUACAGAAAAAUAUAUAUAAUAUACCUUUAAAAAAAUAUAAGAAAAAGCUGAAUUGCAUAGCAAUAUACUAUAUAUGUGUAUAUAUUAAUAUAAAAAAAAAGUACGAGGGUAUAAAUAUUAAAUAUAUAAUACGAGAAAUAUAUUAAAUAUAUAUUCUAGAAAAUAAAUAUUUCGUUUAGUGGUAAACGUAUAUAUAUAUAUAUUAAUAUUAUUACUAUAUUAAUAUUAAGAAAUAUGUUUAGCAUACGCUUAGAAAAAAAAGGACACAAGUUUAAACAAGUCCGAGAGUAGAAAAAAAAGAUGCGAUUAUAGAUGAAUCGAGAGUCCUUAUAUUUAACGUCAAAAACGUGAUAAUGUUUCAACAUUAUCAAAAAAAAAAAAAAAAGAAAAUAAUUUUAAAUUGAUUUUUUUUAUUGAAUUUUGAUUAUUCAUUGUAACAUAAUAUAAAGGUUGAAAAUAAUACGCAAUAGAGAGUGAAAAGAAAAUAACAACGAAACGCUCUGAAGAGCUUUUAUUAAAUGCAACCUUUUUUCUGUAGAAAAAAGGUAGUUUUUACUUUUUUUUUUGGGAAAUUGAAAACGUGAACGGCGCAAGAAAUUUUGAAUUCUAUGAAAAUAUUAUUUUCAAUCAUUUAUUAUUAUUUUUAAAUUAAUUUCUUUUUUUUUUGUAACUUUGAAAAAUUAUUGUGCCAUUUUACGAUUUCAUUUCCUUUAGUUCAAUUGCCAGAGUAAAUGUAAUUUUUAGAGAAAGAUUUUUAAAUAUAUAUCUAAUUGAAUUAUGCUCAGAAUGUGUGAACGCAUAUUAUUUCUCUAUAAGUGUAAACAAAAUUAUUUAUUUUCUCGAUCGCAAAAAAUUUUUUCUUAAAAUAAAAAAAUUGUAAAAAAAAAAUGUUUGAAAUAGUUUUUUAAAAAAAUUUUCUUUUUUUUUCUUUUUUUUAAAAUUCUCACAUCCGUGUUAUUAUAAUGCGAUCGUGCGUUUACACCAUAGAGUGAAAUGAGGUCAAUUUUAUCGACAAAUACGAUUAAGCCUACAUAAAAGUAACCUGUGUAUACAAUAAUCGAUAGCAGUCCGUGUAUGCGAUCGCUUUGCGCAUUAAAAAGGAUAAUUGUUAAUAUUGAAAUAAUCAGUAAAAGAGAAAAAAAAAUCAAAGUUAAAUGAAAAAAGAAAAAAAAAAAAAAAAAAAAAAAAACAUGAGAAAAAAGAGCAAGUCGAGUAUUUAUUUCCUUGAAAAUGAAAAAAAAAAUUGUGAUUAAGUGUGUUCGUAGUUUAAUUAUAGUAUUUCUCUUUUUUAGAAGACAAAUUACCAUCUAAAGUGUGUGAAAAAAAAAAAUAUUAUUAAAUUCACCACUUUUUUUGAGAAAUACUUUAGAGAAUUUAUUAACUAAAAUAAUAAUAAUUAUAAUAAAAAAUAAUAUUAAUAAUAUUUUUUAGCUCAAAUAAUCAUCGCUAUAUUAAAAAAAAGAAGUCUCUGUGGCCUAAGCUUGAAUAAAAUUAAUAUAUAACGAGCUUUCAUUAGAAAAUAUAAUAAAAUAGAUUGCACUUAGUUUGAAACAUAAAAAAUUUCGAUAUAUCACAGUGGACUGUUAAAUUUUAAUUCUUUUUUUAAAAAAAAUAAUGCCCUCCUAACUCCGUCCAUAUUUUUUUUUUUAUUAAAAAUUUUAUUUUUAAAAAUGCAAUAAGAUCUCUUUAAUUAGACUUGAUAAUACCGGUUGAAAUCACUUUAUAAUAAGAAAAAAUCGUGUCUAAUUUAGGAGGUUUUUAUUUUGAAAUUUUUUAUUUACAAAAAUAAAAUAGUUUUCAUUUACUCGACAAAAAAAAAUAAGCUCUAUCUUUUCUCUAGUUUUGAAAAAUAGCUUCGUUUAAAUAGCGGUACUGCUGCGAUUUCUUAGACACUUCCUUUUUCGAUCAGAAGGAUUUAAUGUAAUACGAGUUUGUAGGAGGGAAUAAUAGAACUUAAUACACACACAAAUACAAGACAUAACUAUGUAUGUAGUUAGGCCGUUGUAAUAAUGAAAGGAGUUAAUUUUUAGCUGUAUAGUGUAUUAUUAUUAUUAUUAUUUUUUUUUUUUUUGAAAACUUGCGCUUGAACAUAUAUAUUUGUAUAUGUAUAUCUUUUCACUAUGCGCGCACACACAAGUCUCAUUAUUAUACAUGUGAAUAUAACUUACACACUCAUUAAAAAAAAAAAGCUCGAUCCUAUACUUGUGUUUUGGGACGUGUAAGAAAUUAUUAUUAUUUUAAAAAACUUGAGUUAUAUAUUCAACGAGAACAUUGUCUGAUAUAUGAUUCAAGCUUACAAUAAACGGGUUGUAUAAUAAAUAAA